AUGGAGAAGUCCUUUUUUAAAGUAUCAAAUUCAAGUUCUAUUACUCAGAAUCAACCUAACCGGGAAGAAAAUGCUAAUCAUUUGGAAGUACCAUCACACUCUUCUCAAGAAUUUGAUUUAAGUUCUUUAAAGGCUGAUCCAGGUGAAAGAACUCAAAUCUUGGAAUUUCAUCCAAAUCACCGUGACGCUAUUAGAAGAGCUUAUCUCCAAAAAAAACCUUGUCAACCUCUAUUAAGAGAGUUUCCACAAACAAACAUUUUUGGAGAUGUGCGUCGUUUUAAUCAUAAAUGGUUUGAUGAAUUUCCUGAUUGGUUAGAGUAUAGUAUAAGUAAAGAUGCAGCCUUUUGUUUGUAUUGUUAUUUAUUCAAGCAAAAUAACAAUCUUCAAGGUGGAGGUGAAAUAUUUUCGAGUGUGGGGUUUAGAAGUUGGCAUAAAAAAGCUAGUUUGCAAACACAUGUUGGUGGGCAUACUAGCAUUCACAAUCAGUCAAAAAGAAAAUGUGAAGAUCUAAUGCGACAACAACAAUCCAUACAUGCUUCAUUUGAGAAACAAUUUAAUCAAGAUAAGCACGGGUAUCAGAUCCGCUUAGUAGCUUCAAUUGAUGUAGUAAGACUUCUUGUGAAACAAGGCUUGGCAUUUCGAGGUCAUGAUGAAUCUAAAUUAUCACUUAACAGAGGUAAUUUUCUUGAGAUUCUUUCAUUUUAUGCCCAAAAGUGUGAUGAAGUUCGUAAGUUUGUAUUGGAAAAUGCUCCUCAAAAUGACCAAAUGACUUGUCCAAAAAUUCAAAAAGAUAUUGUAAUUGCUUGCAAUAUUGAAACAAUUAAGGGCAUCAUAAAGGAACUAAAUGGUGAUUAUUUUUCCUUAUUGGUUGAUGAAUCUUUUGAUGUUUCACGCAAGGAGCAAAUGGCGGUUGUUUUACGAUAUGUUGAUAGAAGAGGAUUUGUGAUGGAGAGACUUCUUGAAAUUGUUCAUGUUAAAAAUACUAGUGCUUUAUCUCUAAAAGAAGUAAUUUUCAAUUUACUUUCUCAACAUUCCUUGAGUCUAUCUUAUGUGCGUGGACAAUGCUAUGAUGGAGCAAGUAAUAUGCAAGGUGAUAUCAAUGGUCUUAAGAUGUUGAUUAAGAAAGAAAGUAGAUCGUCUUAUUCCAUACAUUGUUUUGCUCAUCAACUUCAAUUAACUCUUGUUGGUGUUUCUAAAAGAUAUCUUCAAGUUGGAGAACUUGUUCAUUUGGUUUCAAAUAUUUUUAAUGUUUUGGCGGCUUCUUAUAAACGUAUGGAUGAUUAUCGAGAAUCUCAAAAAAAAAAAAUCAAGAAGCUUUUGAUAUGGGUGAGCUUAAAACGGGUAGAGGCUUGCAUCAAGAAAAUUGCUCAAACUUAUGAGGUUGCAUUCAUGUUGCAUUUGAUGAAAGAAGUUUUAGGAAUUACUAAUGAUCUUAGUACAUGUUUACAAAAAACGGAGCAAGACAUUGCAAAUGCCAUGCUACUUGUUAAAGUGUCCAAGAGAAGGCUACAAGAGUUGAGGGAAAAUGAAAGAUGGGAUUUAUUUGUUGUCGAGGUUUCUGCAUUUUGUAUCAAGUAUAAUAUUGUGGUGCCUAAUUUUGAUGAGCCGUAUGUUAAUUCUGGAAGAUCACGACGUAAAUCUACUGAUUAUACUGUUUUUCAUCAUUAUCGUGUUGAAGUAUUUUGUAAAAUAAUUGAUUGGCAACUGCAAGAACUCAAUGAUCAUUUUGAUGAGGUAACAACCGAGUUGCUUUAUGGAGUUGCUUGUUUGAAUCCGGUAAACUCAUUUUCAAGUUUUGAUAUCCAGAAAAUAAUGAGAAUGGCUGAAUUAUAUCCUGACGACUUUGAACUUAGCAUGUAUGCACUUGAGAAUCAACUAGAAAAUUACAUUAUUGAUGUUCGUGAUAUCGAUAAAAGGUUCUCUGAUUUACAUGGGCUUUGUGAUCUUUCAAAAAGAUUAGUUCAGACAAAAAAACAUUCAUGUUAUCCUCUUAUAUUUGGUUUGGUGAAAUUCAUUUUGUUUCUGCCAGUUGCCACUGCAUCCGUUGAAAGAGCUUUUUCGGGAAUAAAAUUUAUUAAGAAUGAGUUGCGAAGUCGAAUGAAUGAUGACUUCUUGAGCGGUUGCAUGGUUCCUUUUAUGGAGAAGGAUGUGUUUAAGGAUGUUUCAACGGAUGAUAUUAUUUUGUCUUUUCAAGCAAUGAAACCUCGUUGA